AUAGGGCGGUACUGGAUAAUAUACAGGUAUGUGACGAAAUAGGAUGGUACUGGAUGAUAUACAGCAGCAUCAGUGACCUCCAACUAUGGCGGCUACAGUGGAGACAGGCACGCAAGAAGAAAGUCACAACAUGGAUGAACCAGCAAUAGAGAGGGACAUCCGCAACUUUGUAGCAACGAAAACUGGGGAGAGAGUAUAUCUGUAUUUAGCCGAGGCUUCAAAAGUAUCCAUUAGACAUGUACGCAAAUCGGGAUCCACGCUGCUUGCCAUCUUCUGGAUCAAGGUCCUCCAGCACCAGAACAACUACCCAAUGCAGCAUUUCCCGUACAGGAAGCUGUAUGGGAGUGGGAGAUCAGGCGAGGACAGGGUGGUCCUCAGCGUUGAUGGUGUGAAGGUGGCGGUGUUCAUGUCGUCAGGGACACUGCAGAUCACAGGGACAUAUGCCUUGGAGUGGUUUGUGGACCGGUUUAGAGGACUCAUGGCUGCUUAUGUGUCCCAAAUAGAUCACCCUCAGCCACUGAGAUCCACGUUCACGGAUUCCGAGGAGUCCAGAUGGAAGCGGGAGAAGCAUCACAUGAAGGAGCAGUACAAGGCAAGCUGGCCGGAUGAGGCGCUGAGAAAGGAAGUGAAUGUGAUGUAUGAUGGGGAAGUUCAGAGACAAGAACUGGACAGGAAGGUCAAACCCCAACUUCCUGACAUGCUCAGUGACGAACAUCAGUACAUUCACUCCGACCCUGAAGUGAUGCCUGAGCGGGAAGUAGAGAUGCAGAUGGAGAGACUGAGAGCAGGCUGUGUUUUAGAGGGCCAAGUCCUGUACCGGGUAUGGAAGUCACUCCUCAACCUCUGGUUCCAGGACGAUAAAUGUGUCGUUUACAUUGUCACCCCACGUUUGGACUCUGGCAGACUUGCUGAUAUUUGCCGACUGUAUCUGAAUCAUCGCUUCACGGCAACAAUUGGGGCACUCUGUGUACCCCUGCAGUUCAAUGGGGGGAAGCUACCAGACAUCAAGAGAGACGCAAUGCAGAAGUUCCACGCCAAAGAUCAGUUACUGAUAGAGUACAAGAUCUAUGACAGUAUUGUGUACCCCCAGAAACAGUAUCAGGCAAAGUUCAUAGCAUGUGUCAAAGAUGGUACCGCCUCUGUUCUCUUGACAACUGCAGAUUUCCAUGGCAACCAUUUCCUGCAAAGUGGCACUGACACUGCAGUCUUCCAAAACAUGGCAGAAGAAGAUUUUAUGAUUCGUUACCUUGGGCCGAUUCUGUCCUCUGCAAACUGAGCCUGUCACAUCCUAUCUUAUCUAUCUUGAUGCAACACCCUUGUCUCUUCUGUCACAUCCUACCUUGUCUAUCUUGAUGCAACACCCUUGUCUCUUCUGUCACAUCCUAUCUUAUCUAUCUUGAUGCAACACCCUUGUCUCUUCUGUCACACCCUACCUUGUCUAUCUUGAUGCAACACCCUUGUCUCUUCUGUCACACCCUACCUUGUCUAUCUUGAUGCAACAUUCUUGUCUCUCCUGUCACAUCCUACCUUGUCUAUCUUAAUGCAACACCCUUGUCUCUUCUGUCA